UGUUUACUACGUAUUUAUAUUUAUGAUUUGUUAACUCAGUUUAAUAUAUAAAUAUUUCUUUGUUUCGUUCGCAAAACAAAAGCACACAUGAUUUAUGAAGAAAAUAAAGAAUCUCAUUUUGUGUUUGUUAAUUCAUUUUUUUUUCUACAACUGUUACUUGACUUUAUGACGUAACUUGUCGGUUGCUAUGGAGAUGCAUGGAUUUAAUAACUCUGGCAGCGUUACAGACAGAUUAAGAUGAAAUAUUUCGCGUACGGAAAUCCAAUUAGGACUUAAUCCGGGGAUAUUAGUGUGUGUGGGCGGCGAUGAUUGAAGGGAUGAAUGGGAUCGUGCUGGAAUGCAAUUUCUUCUGAUGCGAGCGUGCGGAAUUUGAGGGAAGGAAUGCGGUCGAGAGAUGGCGUCGCUUGAAGCGAAUCAAUAAAUUGAUAAGGGAGAGCGCGUGGGCGUCGCGACGUUCAGUCGCUGACAUCCGACCGGACGGAUCGAAGCCCUCCGUGACAGCGAAACAGGGAAAAGACAAAAAAGGAAAAUUUGCGAAACAAAAUUUGAUUAAAGAGGUAGAGAAAAGCGCGAAAUGCAAGCUAAGACUAAAUCGGGAAUGGUCGCGUUGGAAGUGUACUGCAGUGUCCAAUAGAAGUUGAACAAAAAAAAAAGGGAGCAGAAUCGCACCAUCUGUUCCAACAUAAGACAUUACCGUUUUCUCCGGCGGAUUCGGAAAAGCGUCUUGAGGGGAAAACCGGUUUUUCCGCAAUUUUCUCGGUCUCCGUUGUAUGUGUGUGUACGUGUUUUGUUGUCAUUUCUCUUUUUUUUUUCGUAUUUAAUCAGCGUUUCGCUUAAUGGGCAAAAUGGGUCAAUGUACACUGUGAGCGAGUGAAAAUUAAAUAAUCGCUCGAAACCGAAGAACGAAGAGCAGUUAAACGUCACCAGAACCGGCGAACGCGUGAAGUGCGAAGGGCUGAGAAACAGAUCCAAAAUGCCUCUGGCAGAUGUUUUUCGACGGGCAUCUACGUACAUCCUGGGUUCUGAACUAGACAACGAGAGGCUUCUGCAGUAUGAGGAUAACGAGGUGCUCUUCUGCAAGAAUAACGUGUGCGUGCAUCCGCCUGCCAUCAUGCGGCAGGACACGGAUAUUCUGCACCAUCCUGGGUACUUGGCUAUCACCACGAAGACGUUCGUGGAUCAGUACAACGACGCGAAGAGACCGACGCUCAUGCUCACCUGGAUUCCGAACAGCACGCUGAAGAAGUGUCCGCACACGCUGCAGAAUUCACCGGCGAAGAGGAACGGCUACAACAGCUACUCGAAGCAGACGAGCGUGGAGAGCCUCACCUCGCUGGACUCGUGCGACGAUAGACCGGCGAGUUUUGAGCUGAAGAGUACGAAUCCGUUUCUCAAUUACGAGGAUAAGGAGUGCAACGAGUCGAUCAGCUCGGACGAGAGCAGCGGAAGCGGCGGCGGCGGUGUUGUUGUUGAGGGAGGCAGAGGCAGAGGCGAUAAGCCGGAUAUGAUCAACAUCAACGUGGAGAUCAGUAAUCCGGAUAUCGAGAUCAUCUCGACGCCGGACAGCGUCAAGGAGGACGAGGAGAAGUUCGAGUUCACGAGGUCCGAGUCGAUGACGUCCACCGAUAGCCAGUACAAUUGGUUGAGCACGCCCGAGUUCUUGGCGCAGAAACACAACCUCGCCUUCCCCGACAGCGCCACCUGCUCCCCGAUCUUACCCACCAAACUGCACCACAAGUGUCGAAGAUUCAGCGUCGAUCUCAGCCAGAUGCGAUCGCUCAGAUUGUUCUUCAACGACACCAACUGCACGUGCGGCCAACUGGUCGUCGCGUCCAGGGAGAGUCAGUACAAGAUUCUGCAUUUCCAUCACGGCGGACUCGACCAUCUCGCGCAGGUCCUCCACCAGUGGCAUUCCCUUCUGCACAGCAUCAAAUACGCCAAAGGAUGCGAGGAGAAUCUACCGUACAGACAUUUCAUGGUGUGUCGCGCGGAAGUGAGCGAUUUAGAGCUGCAUCCCGAAGAAGGGCAGGUCAAUAAGCUGACGGAGGAGAUGUUCAGAGGUCUGUUCAACGAGAGCGGUCAGCUUGAGGAUGAUCUUAUGCUCAGGAAGACGGUGUUCUUCGCUGGAAUGGAACGUAAUUUAAGGAAAGAAGUUUGGCCUUUUCUGCUUCACUGUUACCCUUACCAAAGCACGUUCGAGGAGAGGGCGCAGAUCGCGGAGAUUCGAAGGCAGGAGUACGAGGAGGUCACCAGGAGGCGACUCGAGUUGACGGGUGGACAGCUGGGGCAGUUCAGAAGAAAAGUGCAGAGUGUCGUUGAAAAGGACGUCGUGCGUACCGAUCGUGCGAACCCGUUCUUCGCAGGCGAGGAUAACCCCAACCUGGAGGUGAUGAAGAACGUGCUGCUCAAUUACGCCGUCUACAAUCCGGGUCUCGGAUACACUCAGGGGAUGAGCGAUCUGUUGGCGCCCGUCCUCUUCGAGCUGCGAGACGAGGUGGCCGCAUUCUGGUGCUUCGUCGGACUCAUGCAGAGGGCCGUCUUCGUCGCAACGCCAACGGAUCGAGACAUGGACAGAUCGUUGAAAUAUCUGCGCGAAUUGGUGAGAAUCAUCGUUCCCAAGUUCCACGACCACCUGCAGAAGCACAAGGACGCGAACGAGCUGCUCUUCUGUCACCGCUGGAUCUUGUUAUGCUUCAAACGGGAGUUCACGGAGGCGGUGGCUCUGAGGAUGUGGGAGGCCUGCUGGGCCAACUACCUCACCGACUAUUUCCACCUCUUCCUAUGCUUGGCCAUCAUCUGCGUGUACGCCGACGACGUCAUCGCUCAAGAUCUGAGAGCCGACGAGAUGCUCCUCCACUUCAGCUCACUGGCGAUGUACAUGGAUGGACAGGUGAUCGCGAGGAAAGCCCGCGGUCUUCUCCACCAGUUCCGACAGCUCAGGGAGAUUCCGUGCACCCUAUCGGGGCUCUGCAUGCGAUGCGGUCCGGGCAUCUGGGACAGCUCUCACAGUCCGAGGAUCUACUGCUCCGGACACGAACACGGCUACUGCCCGAACACGAUAGUCCAAUAAUAAUAAUCGCAGUCGACCUGCGAAACGAAAAACGAAAUCAAAGAUUAAGUCUAAUUCCUUUCAAAAACCAAAGUUAAUAUUAUAACAAUAUGCAAUAUCAAAUAUUCAACUAUUAAUCAAACCUUAAGCGACGGGCGAACGAUGAGCGUAGCCUAGGUAACACAAACUUAUAAACUACGUCUUUGAUCUCAUUACGGCGGCGGCGGCAUUAUAUCAAUCGUUUGUUUUUUUUUUCUGAACCUCCUUGAUUGUUUUUGUUGAUAACCUUAGGUAAUGUACAUAUUGAAGCAAAUUACUUCUGUUAAGUUUUUGGCUGUGCUCGAAAAGUAUUCGAUUCCUGCAGCAAAAGUGAUCAGUAACCGUAGCUAAUUGAUUUACCUUAGGACUGUUAAAUUAUCAAUUCACACACACACGCGUUUCCACUGACGUUUAAAAACAAAACGAAAGACAACUACUUUGAUCGGCGUUACUUGCCGAACUACUUGUACAAAGUAUUUUUUGAUUCUCAAUCAAUUGACUUUGCAUUGAAACUUAAAUCACACCUAA